CAGUGUCAAAGUCAGUUGUGCCUGAGCUUGUGCCAGAGACAGUCAGUUUCGCUGCGAGUCUGCCAUCCAGCUGGUUUCCGCUUCCGGUUCCGGUUCCGUGCGAGCUCUUUGGCUAGUGAAUUGUGGUUGUGCACCUUUUUCUAACGACUUUUGUAAACACCCAAGUUUUUUGAACGACAACAACAAAUUUAACAACGGCACAACGUAUUUUUGUAAACAUUUAAUGCGAUAAAGGUUUCGGAUCGUGAAAGUCAAAGUGCAAAUUGGCCCAGAAACAACAAGUAUCGUUUAUAAACUAGUUUCCACCUCGCAAAAGUGUGUGUGUCUGUGUGUUGCUGUGUGGUGAGUGUGUGUGCAAUUGAUUAAACAAAAUAAGGGUAACCUAGGCCAACUGCAAGCGUAGAGACUCCAUUGCCAAAUCCUCGAUCCAGUAAGAUGGGCUGCAACACCAGCCAGGAGCUGAAGACGAAGGAUGGCGCCGCCAUCGAUGCGGUCAGCAAUGGCGAACCGGAGCCCAGUGCUCCUCCCCUGGAGGGCGAGUCCUCCAAGUCAUCCGCCAGCAAUCAUACCAAUCACGCCAAAUCCAGUUCAAUUAUCUCCAAUGGCGAGGCGAAGGCGGCCAACGGGGGCGGCCCAGCUGGCGGUGGGAGUGGCAGGUCGGAAGCAACAAAUGGCAUUGACCGUCCCUGCGACAAGGCGGCAAUCACGGAGCUCAAUGACGACGAGGACGAAGCCAAAGCCGCCACAAAAAUCCAAGCCGUCUUUCGAGGCCACAAAGUGAGAGAAACCAUGAAAAAAUCGGAAACCAAAACUGCGACCAACAACGGCACUGCCGCCGGAGCAGCUCCAUCGGCAGCAGCCGCCGAGGCAGCCGCAUCCGCGGAGCCAACCAAAGCCGAGCUAGAGGCUGAAUUCGAUCCCAACGACAAGGAUCUGUGCCAUGCUGCAUUGAAGAUUCAGUCCACUUUCCGUGGUCAUUUGGCACGCAAGCUGGUGAACAAGGAUGCGCCCGAGGACGAGGACAUCCAGGAGAUAACCAAGAAGGUGGCCGAGGAGUUGGACAUAGAUUUAACCGAUCCCGAGCUGAACAAGGCUGCAACCAAAAUCCAGGCCUCGUUCCGGGGCCACAAGACCCGCAAGGAUGCCAAUCCCGAGUAAGGAGCUCACCAGUUGAAUUUUCAUUGCCCUCUCCACCGAGGGCUAGUCACAGAUGAAGCUUACUUAAUGCUUACGCAAGUGAAUACAAAAAAUAUUGGUAAAUUGUAAAUGUGUAAAAGGCCAAUCGAGAUGAGGGCACACAAUUGUAAACUUUUUAGUGAAUAUGUUUUAGCCUGAAUGGCGUACCCAAAUGAUUCUCAUAAUUAUUAAAUAAAUUAAGUCGAGGGCAAAGUUACAUUUAGUUUGCAAAGCUUUAAUAAAUUAACAGUGAAACCAACACACACAUUUUGCGAAUGAUGAUUCGGAGAAAGGCGACUUUUACAGAUACAUUUUUGCGGCUUGUCUUGUUCUAUUACUAAUCUUUAGAGUCGUAAAUUGGCAUUAGUUAAUAUUUAAUUCAAUUACAUUUCGUUUUUCGACUUACCUAUUAAACCCAAGACCGUAACUAAAACAAAAAAAAAAACAAAAAUAAAA